ACCGGUAAAUAAUGCUCAGAGUAAUUUUUUUUUUUUUUUUUGCCCAGUUUUUUGUCUUUCGGUCCGAAGAUUGAUCAAUCAAUUAAGUAUGUCCAUGGCGUUGUUUGUCGGUAGACUUCCUCGUGAUUUUAGAAACAGUGAACUAGAGGAUGUAUUUUAUAAAUACGGCAAAAUUACAAGAUGCGAAGUGAAGCGAGGGGCUAGCUAUGCUUAUGGCUUUGUGGAAUUCGACGAUAAAAGAGACGCUUAUGAUGCCUUGGACGAUACGGACGGCAUGUAUAUUGACGGCGUUCGUAUCGUUGUCGAGCGUGCAAAGAGCCGAGCCCGUAGGGAAGGUGAUGAUACAUGUUUCCGUUGCGGUGAACCAGGUCAUUGGGCUAGAGAUUGCCGAAAUUAUGGCAGGCGCCGUAGUCGAAGCUAUUCACGCUCGCCUCGUCGACAUCGAGAUCGUAGUCCGUCGUAUUCACGUUCACGUUCUCGAUCGUACUCUCGUUCACGCUCGCCUCGUCGUUCUCGUGGACGCAGUGUUUCGCGCUCUGUAUCUCCUCGUGACAGAAGUUACUCACGUUCGCCUUACCGUUCGCGUUCUCGUUCUCUUUCCCGCGGUCCUAGUCGCUCUCGUUCUCGUUCCCGUUCAGCGCCCGUUGAACCUGAAAGACGAGACGAUGACACCGUGAAAAGUCCUCCUCGAGACCCUGCUCCAGCCGACUUGGCGAUUAGAGAGGAUCAACCUACUCCACAAGAAACUGCUCACCAAGAAACUGCUCAACAAGAAGCUACUCAACAAGAAGCUACUCAACAGGAAGCUAAUCAGCAAGAAGCUUCUGAUCAGGAUGCUCAGGCUCAGGUUCAGGCUCAGGUUCAAGCUCAGGCUUAGGAUUGAUGAACAAAAAAAUAUGAUUGACUCAAUUGCUUUAGCGACACAAAACAACCGAAACGAGCAAUAGAGAAAAACAAAAAAGAACCUGUGAAUGGUAAUACAAGGAACUUGGAAAAUUUUAGAAG